CUGGAUGCAUCUCACUUGGUGACCGGAGGUUCGUUGGUUUGGAGGGUUUUAGUCAAGCGCUCGGGGUCCCCGCUCCUCUGUGGGUCCAGAAAGGCCCGCGCUCAGCCACCAGAAUCCGGAAAGCAACGAGGGAGCGUCGCAGGGCGGACAGGUGGGUUCAGGCGGACCGGAAACAGGAGCGUCACGACUCCCCAGUCGGAGAAUCCAGGAGGGAAACGCAAUCACACGGAGAAGAAGAAGAUGGAGCCCCGUUUUGUGAGCGUUGUCCUGCUGUUGGUCGUCUGGCUUUCUUCAAGUCAAGCAUGCAUUAAAGGCUAUCUGGAAAACGUGGAUUUCCCCGGUUCAGACGUAGCAGAAAUGUACGCGCCGACCUUGGAGUUCUGUCAAGAGCUGUGCACCCAGCACCCGUCGUGCCUCUUCUUCAGCUUCAAUCGGGCUGACAAGUCGUCAGGGCGUUUUCGAUGCUACCUGAAAGCAAGUUCUACUGGACACCCACAGGCUCAGAUUUUACAGUGGGGCGUCUCGUCUGGCUAUUCGCUCAAAGGCUGCAAUACGGAGCCAACGAUUUGUUUCUCUCAGGUUUUUGAGGAUAUGGAAUUCCACGGUGGGGAUUACAGAACCUUUUUCACUGUGAACUAUGAGGAGUGUCAGAGGGUCUGCACGCUUGAGCCGGUGUGUCAGCUCUUUUCGUUCAUAAAGGCGAACUUCUCGUCUCCAGAUGUCAGGUACAAGUGCCACCUUAAAUUCAGCUGGUUCGUGCCCUCCCCUGCUGCUAUCGCGCUGAAGGCCGGAGUCGUUUCUGGAUUCUCUCAGAAAUUAUUGCUCUCUCAACAAUUUGACUCAGUUUGUCGGAGCCAUUUUUUUUCAGACAUCGACUUCAGAGGAAACGACUUCCUGGAGCUGCAAGCCGUCUCUCCCGAACAUUGCCAGUUCCUGUGCUCCAUCCAUCCACUGUGCACCUACUUCUCCUUCCGCAGUGACGAGUUCAGGUGUUUUCUGAAGAACAAUCCAAACAGCAUGGUGGCCAAACCGAAAAGCAACUUCACGUCAGGAAUAUCGCCUCAGCUCUGUCAGAUUGACGAGAGCUGGGCUAAGCUGACCUACGAAGACAUGGAAUUUCUUGGCUCUGACUAUAGCUCCGAGGUGGUGCCCAGCGUGGAAAACUGCCAGGACAAAUGCACAGAGGACCGCGACUGUCAGUUCUACACCUUCCACAACGGGAGCUUCUUCCACCCCGAGCAUCAGCACCGCUGCAAUAUGAAGCGAGUCGUCACCAUGCCCAUGCCUUCCCAAGUUAGGAAAGUGGUCGACGUCAUCUCUGGCUUCUCCUUGAAGAACUGCAAAAGUCCAUAAAAGUCUCAGGAUUAAAAAAAAAAAAAAAAAAAAAAA